AUGAAGGUCACAACGAUUGAAGAAGCACAAGACAUCUGCAACAUGAAAGUGGAGGAUAUUAUUGGGCCACUUCAAACUUUUAAAUUGGCUAUCAAUGAUAGAUUUGAAAAGAAGAACAAGAGCAUAACUUUUAUCUCUAACACUGAGAAUAAAGAGGAUCAAUGUGACUUAGAGACUGAUGAAGGAAUUUCUAAUGCCAUUGUGCUUCUUGGGAGGCAAUUCAAUAAGGUGUUGAAGAUAAUGGAUAGGAUGUCAAGACCUAAUGUCAAGAACAUGUCAUUCGACAUAAGUAAGAACAAUGAUUCUCAUAGAAAAGCAAGAAGAGAGGAAAAUCCCAAUCAAGGAAAAGGUGAAACUGAUGAUGAAACUGCUAAGCAUGUUACAUCUUUCACUAGUAGAUAUGAAUAUGAUGAAGACUCGUGUGCUGAGGAUGUCUCUUAUGAAGAAUUCUCUGCUUCCUACAAAGAGCUUUGUGUCAAAAGUAAAGAGGUGUGUAAGACAGGAGAAGAGCAAAAGAGAAUCCUAGCUCAACUACAGGCUGAAAAAGAGAAAUUUUUAUCUACUGUCACUGAUCUUGAAAAUAAGGUAACUCUAUUGUCAUCUAAACUUGAAAAAAUGACCAAAUCCAUAAGAAUGUUGAACAAUGGGUCUGGCAUGCUAUAUGAAAUUAUUCAAGUUGGAAAAGGGGAUGGAAACUUAAAAGGUAUAUGUUUUAAUUACCAAUAUCAAAAUAAACAAGGAAAAACCCCUGUGACAAAAUUUAUUCCUCUAGAAAGGAAGUAUGAACCUAUGAUGUCCGACCAAAUGUUACAACAUCCUGCCAGACAUCAGGAAACUCAAACUAAAGUCAAGUUUUUGCCUUGGAAAUGUGAUUACUAUGGUAAAUAUGGACAUAUAAAGCCUUUUUGUUACAGACUAUAUGGUUAUCCAAAAUAUCCAAAAUAUCCAACAACUAAUCAUGUGAUGAUUAAAACUAGAAAGGAGUGGAAACCUAAGAUUGUUGUCUAUAGUCUUAUAGCCCAUACUUCUCUUAGAGCUCCAUCUAGAGAAGACUGGUACUUUGACAGUGGUUGUUCAAGACACAUGACAGGGGUCAAUAAGUAUUUGGUGGAAAUAAAAUCUUAUUCCUAUAGUUUUGUCACAUUUGGUGAUGGAGCUAAAGGUGAAAUCAAGGGUAUAAGAAAGAUAGGUUGCACUGGUCCUCCUAGACUAGAUGAUGUUCUGCUUAUGAAAGGCUUGACUGCAAAUCUCAUCAGUAUUAGUUAA